CUGUGGUCUAUCAGUCAAGAUCGCCUAUAUCUUUGGUCAUGGCUGCACAUCUGUGGGUUCCUUAAUUCUACAUAUUCCUUCCAUUUCAUACGAUCAUUUCCAUAUCUUGAGCAAGACUCAUACCACUCAUUUUUCACUAUGAAGAGCACUAUCAUUCUUUCCGCCUUUUCUUUGGCUUCUCUUGGCUCUGCUGCGGUCCAUGGAGAGCGUGGCUUUGGUCUCCAACGCCAUCAGGCUCUGCAUAGCAAUAGCAGUAGCAAGACCACUGCAGUCACCACAAAGGCUACUUCUAGCAGUGUCAAGACCUCGACUCGGCCGACAACAUCAGUAAAGAGCUCUAGCAGCUUGGUCAAAUCCAGCUCAAAGUCAUCUUCCAAGGUUUCAACAUCGAGCAAGAUCUCAUCAUCAAGCAGAAUCUCGUCAUCGAGCAAGGCCUCAUCGUCAGUCAAGGCCUCAUCAUCGGUCAAGGUUUCAUCAUCAAGCAAAGCCGUCAGCAGCUCGGUCAAGUCAGCCUCCAAGUGCUCAGCUUCAGCCAAAGCAUCGACCACAUUGACCAAACGCGCAACUGCAAGCUCGACGACACUGAGUCUUGCCUGGAAAGCUGGUCUUUCCGGUUACCCUGGCAUCGAGACCCUCGACAUGUUCAAGCAACAAUGGGUCCCAUACAUCUCCUGGUACAGCAACUACGAGCCUGUUGCACCAAAUAUUCAAGCUUCCGAUCACACCGUCGUUGGUGCACCUAUGCUCUGGGGCAAGGGUGAUCAAUGCCUCACAAACAACCCCGAUGGCCCAGUCGACAAGUGGAGACUCGGAAACUUCACCGAGUACGUGACAAGCGGCGAGACAACCCCGAAUGUCUUCUUCGGCUUCUACGAGCCCGAUUGCGACUGCCCGUCUUCCAGUCACAUCACCGACGUCAACGUCGGUGUUCAAAAGUGGAACGAAUUGAUCAAGCCUCUCCGCAACCGCGGCAUCGCACUCGGCUCACCACCUAUGUGCACACAGCUCGAUCAAUCAUGGUUGACCAACUUCGCCGCCCAGGGCGUCACCUGGGACAUCACUAGCAUCCACGUCAACAAGCCUACCGUCGCAGAAGGCAUCAAGGUCGUUGAAUACUACGUCUCCAAGUUUGGCAAGCCCGUAUGGGUCAGCGAGUUCACCUGCGUCAAUGAUCAGAACUGGAGUUCGUGUGGUGACCAAGCUACUGUUAAUGCUUUCAUCGACGGUAUGGUCAAGUAUUUUGAAGGCAAUGACAUGGUUCUUGCUUAUGGUGCAAACAACGGAGAGGGUGUUCCCGGUGUCUGGAACUUGAUGACCAGCUCUUGGCCUCCUCAGCUUACUGCUACUGGUCUGCACUACCAGUCUGUUUUGAAGACUCUUGCUGGCCAACAGUGCUAAGCAUUCGGAUCAUACGCGUUUUGAGUACUUUUUGUAAUGCGUCUAAAAGAUAAAUGCCUGUUCUCCACGCUUGUACAUAGGGACACAUAGGUUUAGAUUCAAGGGCAGGACCCUAAACAAUACACUACCAUCUUCUACGAACA